ACGAAUGAUGCAAAUGGCCGUUAGCACGUGGUGUUUGCCAUAUACGACAGGCACGGACAAGUGUAAUGAAAAAGUACAGUACUCUGCAGGAAAUGUGUACCAAACAUAACUCAAGAAGCUUACUGCUUACAAGUUAGAAACACUUGAAGUUGAUGUUCCUUGAUUUCGUUGUUUAUGGAAACAUUUAACGGCAUCAGCUUGGUUUCAUUAAAAUAUAUUUGUUUUGCGUAAUUUUGUGCAGUGAUAACUUUUCAUUAACUGUGAAAGUGAAUGGGGAAUGUGAGAAUAGACCGAAACAUCGGUUGAUGCAGAUCUUGCUGCAUGGAUUACAUAUCAGAUUGUUUCCUUCCAGAAUACCCUGAAUUUUUAUCUUUGUAUGAAGCUCUUCCUAGUUCAUGGACGCAGUGCCUGACGGUAUUAAAGCUGCUGCAUUCGUUUCCGAUGUCGUUAACGAUGUGGCUGCCCCGGAAAUCAUGCACACAGAUCCUUCUUCAGCCCCAAUUUUAUCCACAGUUAAUGCUAAAGUCAACGGUGUUAUCGCUAAUCUUAAAACUCCGGCCAAACCAAGGCCACGACCUGCAGCCAAGAGAUCUGCGCCGAAGAAGACACCCGCAAACACGUGUGGCCAGACUACGACCGACGGCACGCCUGCCAAACCCGCUCGUAAACGCAGUCCUCGGGUUCGUACUGCGUCGACGAGUUCAACAUCAUCCCAAGCAUCGGCAAAUAAUCCGAAUUUCGCCGUCUCCACCACUCCGCUCUCCAUCUUCCAAACAGCCUUCGCUACCACGGUUACUCAGCCUGCCGCAGUGAUGCCCGCCAGUGCGGUGCAGCUACGUGGUGCACGCACCAUUCUGCCUAAACCGCCCGGUGGCCAGGUGCCGCCGGUGGUGCGUGCCGUUGCACCGGUGGUCAAUGCAACUAGUGCCCCUCAGUUAUCUGCGCCUUCCGUGAAUAAUGUGCCUAAUUCUGUGCUCCCAAACGAGACCAUUGUCAAUUCCGUGAAUCUCCAGACUCCUAUGCUUCUUGGCGGCCAGGCGCUGACAUUUGGCGGCGUUCAGCUGAUCAACCCCGUUCAGCUGGCGCAGCAGAAGAUGGUUUCUGACAAAACAGUGGAUGUACCUCAAAACAGUACAAAACAACAAACUCUAGUCCCGCAGCCGCUGCGAACGCCGGCUCCAACUGUGCAGGUGCAGUUGCAGACUAUACAGACUCCGAAUGGGCCUAUGACCGUGGCGUUUCUUCCUAACAAUGUCAACAUUGGCCAGUCGAAUAUAUCCUUGGCUUCCAGUGGACCGAGGCUUCAGUUUGUAUCGAAUAACCCGGUUAACAAUCAGUUGCCCACUGGUUUCAAUGCCCUACCGCCUAAUAUUGCUGGUCUGCUCGCAUCGAACACGCUGCAAGUGCCGGGAUUCGCUCCGAACGACCUUUCGCACCAGUCUAAUCUUAUGGCGACAACGAACACCGGGGAAAGCUCGUCUGUGCUUCAGGAUGACAUAACUACUUCGGAGCCGCCGGAUAAAAAACAGAAAAUGGAUUCCGAUUUUAAUUUGGACGAGUUUCUAACUUUGGAACGGCCCCGAGUUUUGGACUCUACUGCUCAGUCCAUUUUGGAAGAAUUAGUAACCGGGCCGAUGUUCCAGUCUCCCGCAGUUAACUCGACCAGCAACACCGCUGUACCUGUUGCCCCUGCGAAGAAGAAACGCCCCUCAAGACCCAGGAAGAAGAAACAAGAACCCGACGAAUUAAAAAUGAAAGUCGAGGAGAUAUUAAAAAAAUGUGGAGAAGAAAUGCAAAAAGAAGUCGUCCCAGCACCAAAUGCAACUUCGUUUUCUGAUUCUUUGCCACCCGUACCCACGCCGCCGCUGAAUGUAUCCUCUACAGUAUUUUCAACGGUGCCUGUAAGCACUGCUUCCAGACCAGUUUCCGCAGCAAUCAAGCCAAUCACGACUGCUGCUCCCAUCCAGUCACCGGUUUCAAUUGAGCCUCUCGUCACGCGCCCAGUACUGACGUCCAAAGUUUUAGCACGGGCACAGCCAACUCUUCCAUCGUCAUUGCCUCUCACUCCUGUGCCUUCGAAAUCAGUACCUACCGCACCUUCCAGACCAGCGAAAAAGAAAACGGAUCUGGCAGUGAAGGACGAGAAAGACGUGAAAAUGCUUGAAAAGCUUGAUUUAAAACUGCCUUUUAAAGGAAUGACCAGUUCUAUGAACCGACUGCUGCCCUUUCACCUGUUGUCUGCUCCAGACAUUCGGCCUGAAGUUGUCGAAAGAGAAAAUCGUACCUUCGACCUUGUAUCGGACGCCUUAAUUGAUCGAGGAAGGCAUUUGUAUGCCCGCUUCGCCCAGCAGAUGAUUUUUGAUGCCGCUCAACCCAUUUCGAAUACUGAUAUUCUGUCAUGUGUGCAAACAUGGCUGGAAUCCGAGAGGGAGGAGUUCGAGGCAGAGAAGCGGGCAGCCUCAGAAGGUUUACCGGUAGAUCCACCUAAUUGGGUGUACACGGACUUUCAGCAUGAUCCUAAUGUGCCAUAUUUUGAUGAACAUUACCUGUCCACAUUUUCCGAAGAUACCGUACUACCGGAUGAGCCAGCAUCCAGUGCAAACAGCAUCCUCUUCAGUCCAACCCUGACGCCCGAACCGCCUUCCGAUGGCAGCGUAUCCCUUAAAUCCGAGCCUCCCUCCUCUUCGUCCUCCGUCACCGUAACCUCCCAACCCGGAAAGAUCAAGCUUUUGAUUAAGCGCCAGAAAGAAACUAAGCCUGAAAAUGUCGAUAGAUCAGUUGAACCGACGAAAAAAAUCAGUCUUAAACUGCGAAUGUCGGCUAAUCAAUGGACAACGGUGGCCAGGGCUAAGCAAGACUUACGCGAAUCGGAUCCAGAGUUUGCGGAAAAGGGUCCUACGGUUGGAGUGGCAGUGGAUAGUGUCACCCAGAAUGCAGUUGACAGUAUUUUACAGUUAAAUAAAGAGGAUAAUAUAACAGUAAUUAUUGCGCACGACGAGACGAAGACGGCCAGCAACCUUCGGCCAGGCAGCUUAGUGCGACAACCGGUGAUGAGCAAUGGCUCAGCCUUUGCAGAUUAUUUUUACGGUCCCACUGCCUUCUCAGAUGAGACGGAAGACCCGGGUCUGGAUGAGGCCAUUCAGAGUAUUUUAAGCUGAUGAGUGUAUUCUGAUACCUCUACGGCUCUACCAGUCCACCACUAUACCGAAUACCGAGGAUGGCAGAAGCAAAAAUUAUUUUAGUACGUUCUUUUUAUCCCGAUCUCUUUUUUGUUUGUUUGUUAUAAGGUGUUAUCUUCUUAUGCUUUUGAAAACUUGUUUUAAACACUGAGUGCUAUAAAGAAACAUUCUUUUGAAUGUGCAUUUAUUACGUUCUCCUGUUCUAGCCAGAAUGCAAAUAUGUUUGCUUACAAAUGCUAAACUGUGUACUCCCAUACAAAAAAUACUGACCAAAGCGGU